AUGAACAACAACAUGAACAACAACUUCAACAACAUUGACAACAACACCAGUAUCAACAACAACAACAACUUCAAAAACAACGUCGACAACAACAGUAUCAACAACAACAUCGACAACAACAACACUAACAACAUCAACAACAACACCAACAACAUCAACAACAACAGCAUCAACAACAACACAACACUGGAAAAGAAAAAAAAGAAACAGCAGAAAGUUGGUGGGCGUCAAAAGACGUGGAGGCGAUUAAUGAAGGCGUGCUUGCUUACAGUUUGCCGGCACGAAUGUGGUGGUGGGAGGAACUACGAAGUCAUUAAGUGGUCGAUAAUUGGAAAGAUGUUUCUUGUGUGUAUCAGAGGGCAGUUCUUCGAAGCAGUUGCAGAUCCGCCAGGCAAGUAUCAGCUUACAAAUAAUCAUCCAUCGGAGCCAUAG